AUAUUGAUUUUACUGCCAUGAAGUUUCUUUUGUUCAAAGUAGAGGGCGGAAGUAGAAACAAAUGAAUUACACGUUGAUCCUUUAUGUGAAACAUGAAUACUUAGUUGAUGAUGCCGAAGUGAAGACGACAUUGUGGCAUUUCUUAAAACAUAUUCAAAUAGUAUUUUCUUUUCUCAUAUAAUCGAAGACAGUUGAGUAUUUAUUUAAUACAUAAUUUUUUUCAAUGGAUACUGGUGAAACAUCCGUCGACGCAUGAGCAGUCGUUCAGCUGUCGUGAACUAUAAACAUUUUACGACAAGCCGUAUUCCGGUCAGUCCACUGAGGCUGCACGUGAAUGUAGAAAACAGUAAGUUAAAGGGCUGAUUCACGGUCUUCACCGGCACGAUGCUGUAUCUGAUUGGCCUGGGGCUCGGAGACGCGGCGGACAUCACGGUGAAAGGUCUGCAGGCGGUGAAGAGCUGCUCCCGGGUCUAUCUGGAGGCCUACACCUCGGUCCUGACAGGGGGGAAGGAGGCGCUGGAGCAGUACUAUGGGAAGCAGCUGAUCCUGGCGGACCGGGACCUGGUGGAACAGGGGGCUGAUGAGAUCCUGAAGGAGGCGGACGUGUCUGACGUGGCGUUCCUGGUGGUGGGCGACCCGUUCGGAGCCACCACCCACAGCGACCUGGUCCUAAGAGCAGUGAAUGCUGGGAUACCCUAUAAAGUCAUCCACAACGCCUCCAUCAUGAACGCUGUUGGCUGCUGCGGUCUGCAGCUGUAUAACUUUGGGGAAACAGUGUCGUUUGUGUUUUGGACGGAGACGUGGAGACCAGAGAGUUUCUAUGACAAAAUCUGCAAAAACCGAACAGCUGGACUACACACACUCUGUCUGCUGGAUAUCAAAGUCAAAGAGCAGAGUGUCGAGAACAUGAUGAGAGGGAAGAAGAUCUUCGAGCCUCCUCGCUUCAUGACAGUGAGUCAAGCUGCAGAUCAGCUGAUCCAGAUCAUCGAGAGGAGGCGGAGCCACGGGGAAGAGGUCGGGGUGACGGAGGACACGCUGUGUGUGGGCGUGGCCAGACUCGGCGCCGAUGACCAGGUGAUCCGUGUGGCCACGUUGGGUCAGCUGGUGACCUGUGACCUCGGCGCUCCGCUGCACUCGCUGGUGGUCACGGGUCGACUCCACCCGCUGGAGGUGGACCUGCUGCGACUGAACGCGGAACCAAACGCUCUGCAGAACCUGACGAUGAUUGACAGCUCCACAUACACCUCAUGACGCGCGUUAAUCAGCUUAAUAAAUUAAAGUCAAAACUG